AUGACUCUCCAAAUGUCGCCAUCCUGCGGCUGGUGGCAUGUAAACGACCGACAAGACAAUUACAGCAAACGAGUCGUGAUCCGAGGCCGAUUUGACUUCCCAGACAACGACCCUUCUCGCUGGGCAUAUCUGCCUGAUACGAAUUUCGAGCACAAGACCAUGGGUGUUCCGACAUGGAAGAAGAGCCACUUGCUGUCUCUGCCAAAGGAAUUGAGGUUAGAAAUCUGGAAGUGGACUUUGACUGAUCCUUCGGUCCCCGACUUGGUCGUAAACAUUGGAAGAGACAAGAAAGAAGCCUAUGGAUACUCGGCUGCGGGAGCAGUAAUACCGCGCGUGACGACGUGGCUGCAACCUGGUCGCAACAGUCCCAUCGGUUUGAGCUUACUGCGCACAAAUCGAUUCAUCUACGAAGAAGCACUCCCCUGUCUUUACCAAUCCGUCAAGUUCGCUCCUGCAGAUCACCAAGGCAUCUUUCCACUAUUCCUGGACUCCCUUUCACAGUUUCCGCGAUCACUUAUUCGACGCAUCAAGCUCCAUGUCCCUCGACAAAUCUACGACGUUGACCUCUUUGGCGACCCCGCGGUCCCGCUCUUUCAUUGGGCCAUCACCUGCGCACAGAUCGCAAAGCUCGAUGGGCAACUCAAAGAUUUAGAGAUAGAAGGACUCUGGACCGAGACCGGAUCUCUCAAUGAGAAGAUCAAGCGCUCGAUACUAUUUCCGUUGUGCAAAAUCAAGGCGAGAAAGAUAUUUGGGCCAAAUAAUGACGCGGGGAUGGAAGAGGUGCUGAAACAUGCCCAGGUGAAUCUAGAGCAUAAGGCUGCUUUACGUAGGGUUGAGGCUGCGGCAAAGGCUGCUGCGGAUGUUGCGGCCGAGAAACGUGAAGAAAGUGGUAAAAAAGAUGAUGAGGGAAAGAAAGAGGUGGAUGAUCCAGCUGAACAACGCCAACCACAAGACCCUACCACGGCACUUCAUUCUUACUGUGAACCUGGUGCUUCCGAUUCCACAAUCUUGCGCAACCUCAGUACAGUAGCUGGUAUUGACGCAUUUGAAAAAGAGUUGGACGAUCACACAAGUCCGGAGAUUGCGGGACGAAGCUCUGCCGAUGACAUUAGGACGCUGACAGAAGACUGGGACCUGGUCAGCUAUAGGAGUGGCGCUUCUACCCCGAGAGAUCGCCCGCCUAGUUAUAUGUCUAGAUGGAGCACUGAUUCGUGGACCGAUGUGGCGUCGACAAUUGCAGAGACACAUGAUCUGGAUAAAGACGAGGAGAUGGAGAAAUGA